CCAUUGCUCCGUUUUCUUGUCCAUUAAGCACCAUCCCUCCGCCUCUCUUUCCUUCUUUUCUUUUUCCCCCUUCUCUUCCCCCUCCCCCCUCUCUCUCCAGCUCCGUGUCAUUUCCUCCUAGGGCUCACUAGCUGCCUGAGCGUCUCCAGCCGGGAGAGUAGGCGGAGCGGGGCGGCGCGGCGCUGGAGGACGAUGGUGGCUGAGCUGCUGGGGGCGGAGGCUCGGUAGCCCCCGCGGAAAAGGAGCCCGGCGGCGCCUGGCCAGCCGAGCCGAGGAUGGAGAGCCGGCCGGGGUCCUUCCAGUACGUCCCGGUGCAGCUGCAAGGGGGGGCGCCCUGGGGCUUCACCCUGAAGGGGGGCUUGGAGCACUGCGAGCCGCUCACGGUGUCGAAGAUUGAAGAUGGAGGCAAGGCAGCCUUGUCCCAGAAGAUGCGGACUGGUGAUGAGCUGGUGAAUAUCAAUGGCACUCCAUUGUAUGGCUCUCGCCAAGAGGCCCUCAUCCUUAUCAAAGGCUCCUUCAGGAUCCUCAAGCUGAUUGUCAGGAGGAGGAACAUCCCCGUCAGUAGGCCGCACUCAUGGCAUGUGGCCAAGCUAUUGGAGGGGUGCCCUGAAGCGGCUACCACCAUGCAUUUCCCUUCUGAAGCCUUCAGCUUGUCUUGGCAUUCUGGUUGCAACACAAGUGACGUGUGUGUGCAGUGGUGCCCCCUCUCCCGGCACUGCAGCACUGAGAAAAGCAGCUCGAUUGGCAGCAUGGAGAGCCUAGAACAGCCAGGCCAAGCUACCUACGAGGGUCACCUCUUACCUAUCGACCAGAACACGUACCCCAGUCAGCGUGACUCAGCCUACAGCUCCUUCUCAGCUAGCUCAAAUGCCUCUGACUGUGCCCUUUCACUUAGGCCUGAGGAACCACCCUCCACAGACUGUGGCAUGCCAGGCCCAGGGCCAACUAAAGCCACUGAUGGCCGAUCUAAUGUAUGUGAGACCUCAGAAAGUAGCCACAGUACCAGUGGGGCCCGUGUGACCUCCACUUCCCAAGAGUCACCCUGCCCAGAGGAGGGUCAACACUCAGGACCUGCCAAGAUAGUACAAGGUCCACCAGAGCCGCCUGUGAGGCGGGACAGCCUUCGGGCCUCUAGAGCUCAGCUCCUCAAUGGAGAGCAGCGCCGUGCAUCUGAACCUCUGGACUCCUUGCAACAGAAGGAGAAACAAGGCUUAGAGACAGUGCUGCCUCCAAGGAGCCCUAAGCAAUUCUGCUGCGUAAGUGGGCAAGACCAAGUGACAGGUGAGGGCCACCAGAACUGUGAGCUCAGCCAGCCUUCUGAAUCCAAUCAGGAGGACUCUGAGCAUCUACUGAUAGAAGGCUCCUCCAAAGCACUUGAUUCCCCAAAAACUCAUGACAAAGGUUCUAGCAGAGAGUUCAGCCUGCUCAAGGAGGCUUCAGCAGAUUUGGCUAACCCUUUGUCUUUUGGUGCCAUCCCACACCUCCGAGGAAGCACAGAGCAUCGCCAUAGUGCUCCAGAACAGCUGCUGGCGUCCCAGUUGCAGCGGAUGCGUGUGGAUUCCAGAGGCAGCAAGGGGAUGGAGUUGCCAGCUGGGCAGGAUGGGCACCAGUGGACGGUGUCCCCUUUGCACAACAACCCUAAGGGAAAGAAAAGUCCAGGUCUCCCUACAGGAGACCCUCAAGACCAGCCUAUCAAAGAAAGGAAGGUUAGGCCCAUAGAUGAUAAGGUGAUGGGUCCGGUGUACCAGAGCCAAAGUGGUUCCCCACUUGGAGAGGUGGAUGGACCCCUGCCAGAACGAACUUACUUAGACCCAAACCAAGCAAGCAGAACAGGCAGUGACUUGGCUAGCCAGCAGCCCUCUGUCACUUGCUCCCCUAUUCAACAAGCCAGAGAUGCAUUUUCAACUUCCAAAAUAGCUGGUCAUGCAGAAGCAGCUGAAGAAGGUGACAGUGAACCCAAGGAAGGUGGCCGAUUAGGUGGCAGAAGGAGUGGAGGUCCCCGGGGCCGUUCCAUCCAAAACAGGCGGAAGAGCGAGAGGUUUGCUACUAAUCUUCGUAAUGAAAUUCAGAGGAGGAAAGCCCAGCUCCAGAAAAGUAAGAGUCCAUUGUCACAGCUGUGUGACACUAAGGAGCCAGUUCAAGAGACCCAAGAGCCUCCAGAAAGCCCUCCACUCCCUACUUCUAACUCAGCUCUCCUGUCUUCAUAUAAAGAAGUCCCUAGCCCGGGAGACAAGCUCUUCAAUAAAAGCAUGAUUCUCAGGGCUAGGUCUUCAGAAUGCCUCAGCCAAGCCUCAGAGAGCUCCAAAGCUAGGGUAGGCUUAGAGGGAAGGCUAAGCCCUGGCCAGAGGUCUGGCCAGUCUUCUUUGAGCCUGAAUACCUGGUGGAAGGCAUCUGACUCACCCUCCUUAGACACUGACAAAGCAAAUGCUCCCCCUGGGGUCUGUGGAGGUCAAUGGAGAUGGUCGCCAGAAUAUAACCCACAGCCACAUGUGCCACUAUCCACAGAAGGUCCUUCCAGCCCAGAUGACAGCAAGGAACUGAAGACAUCUACUGCUCAAGCUGGGGAAGAAGCCAUUCUUUUGCCGUUUGCAGACAGAAGAAAGUUCUUUGAAGAGAGCAGUAAAUCUUUGUCUACAUCUCAUUUGCCAGGCUUAACCACUCAUAGCAACAAGCCUUUUACCCAGAGACCAAAGCCUAUAGACCAAAACUUCCCGUCAGUGAGCUAUAGAGAAUUGAGAUGCCAUCCCCUGGACCAAUCAUAUCAUUCCACAGACCAGCCAUACCAUGCCACAGACCAAUCAUAUCAUUCCAUGUCACCACUUCAGUCAGAAACUCCCACUUACCCAGAAUGCUUUGCUACCAAAGGCCUAGAAAAUUCCCUGUGCUGUAAGCCACUGCACUGUGGGGAUUUCGAUUACCACAGGACCUGUUCCUAUUCCUGCAGUGCUCAGGGAACUGUAAUGCAUGAUCCUUGCAUUUAUUGUUCUGGAGAAAUCUGCCCUGCAUUGCUAAAGAGAAAUUUGUUGCCAAAUUGCCUCAACUGUAGAUGUCACCACCACCAAUGCAUUCGGUGUACAGCUUGCUAUCAUAAUCCUCAGCAUGGUGCCCUUGAAGACAGCAGCCUGGCACCUGGCAAUGCUUGGAAAUCCAGGAAGUCAGCAAUACAGGAAUUUCCUGGGGACAAGUGGAAGCCAAUAACCGGCAACAGGCAAACUAGCCAUUCAGGGAGGGAAAUGGCUCAUUCUAAGGCCAACUUUUCAUGGUCUACUCCCUUCCACCCUUGCCUUGAAAACCCAGCACUGGACUUGUCAAACUACCGAGCAAUCUCAUCUCUUGACCUCCUUGGAGACUUCAAACUCGCCUUGAACAAAGGAGAGGAAUCUUCAGUUUAUGAAGAUGGGAGUUCUGUUGCCUCCAUGCCCCGCCCACUGCGAAACCGAGCCUUCUCAGAGAGUCACAUCAGCUUGGAGCCUCCAAACUCCCGGGCCUGGGGGAUGCCUCAGAGGGAGCCAUUUACUAAAGGCAGUGAGACUCAGCCAGAACUCCUUGGGGCCCGAAAGAAGGCUUUCCCUCCCCCUCGCCCUCCUCCUCCCAACUGGGAAAAAUAUAGGCUUUUCCGUGCAGCCCAGCAGCAGAAGCAGCAGCAGCAGCAGCAGCAGCAGCAGCAGCAGCAGCAGCAGCAGAGGUGUGAUGAGGAAGACGAGGAAGUAGAGGAGAAGAAGGAGCAAGAGCAGGAGGAGGAGGGACGGAAAGAGGAGGACCUUCCACCCCAAUAUUUUAGUUCAGAAACCACUGGUUCCCAUGCCCCUAAUCCAGAUGAGGGCCUGGAACAGCCACAACCCCUGAAGGUGGGCCACCUGGAGGCCUCAAGGCAGGCCUCACAGAGUCUCCCAGAGCAAGAGGUCUUUGCUCGUCAUCCCAGUGAUUUUGUGCCUCCUGUAAGGGGCCACACUGGAGCCCAGCCUGAGAAAGCUCAACCUCCUUGCUAUUAUGGCGCUCAUGGAUUGUGGAGGACAACUGAGCAGGAAGCCACUGUGACCCCAAAACAAGAGUUUCAGCACUUCUCACCUCCUCCGGGGGGCCCAGGAAUCCCUACCUCUUACUCGGCAUAUUAUAAUAUCUCUGUGGCCAAGGCAGAACUGCUGAAUAAAUUAAAAGAGCAGCCCGAGAUGGCAGAGGCAGGCCUGGGAGAGGAGGGAGUUGACUAUGAACUGGCUCAAAAAAAGAUUCAGCUCAUUGAAAGCAUUGGCCGGAAACUUUCUGUCCUGAGGGAGGCCCAACGAGGGCUCCAGGAUGAUAUCAAUGCCAAUUCUGCCCUUGGAGAAGAGGUGGAGGCCAACUUAAAAGCUGUCUGCAAAUCCAAUGAGUUUGAAAAGUAUCAUUUGUUUGUUGGGGACCUGGACAAAGUGGUCAACCUGUUGCUGUCACUCUCUGGACGACUGGCUCGGGUAGAGAAUGCUCUCAACAGCAUCGAUUCAGAGACCAACCAGGAGAAGUUGGUGCUGAUAGAGAAGAAGCAGCAGCUGACAAGCCAGCUGGCAGAUGCUAAGGAGCUGAAGGAGCACGUGGACCGCCGGGAGAAGCUGGUGUUCAGCAUGGUCUCCCGAUACCUGCCUCAGGAGCAGCUCCAAGAUUACCAGCACUUUGUGAAGAUGAAAUCUGCACUCAUCAUUGAACAGAGAGAGCUGGAGGAGAAGAUUAAACUUGGGGAAGAGCAACUUAAAUGCCUCAAAGAGAGCCUGAACUUGGGGCCCAACAAUUUCUAAUUCUGCGGGUGCCACUGUACCCCUGCCCAUGUGCAGUGGAAAGUGCUUUCGGUCUCCCGUAGCAGGUGCACUAGCCAAGUAUAUAGAAAGUACUUCACAGAUGGUUUCAGCCAUCUCCCAAAGAGAGCCUGGGACGGCCCCAAGCUUCUACCUUGAAGGGCUACAGCAAGGUGUGGUUAUACUACCAUGCUCUUUCCCAGUGAGUGGGAGCCCUUCGCUGCCCAUCGAACCAUUAAAGUGCCUUCAUCUCUGUACUAGGACACCAAAGACAUCAUCAGUCCUCUCCCUUGCCACAUACCCUCUUCAUGGUCAGUACAAAACUGCCUUGCAAUGUCCCUCUUCCCUAGGGCUAGUGACCUAGCUUAGCCAUUGUCCACAGAUUUGCUUGAGUUGAAAGCAUUCACCUAACACCAGCUUCAGGCCCUCACCCAAAAUUGACAGCAGGAGGCACAGAAGGAGAGAUUGCAUAUAAGGGGAGCAAAUGUUGGGUAUUCAUCCUCCCUUCCAGUAAAACCCAGGUUUAAACAAAGUGCGUCCAUGUCUACCCUCCCCAACAGCUAGUUGACAGUGUUGUUGUUAUGGCCUUCCUGCUACUUUGUUUCUUGCCCUGAUAUCUCCAGGAGUCGUGUGCCAGGACUUGACUCUCUUCUCCGCUAAUAUUUCUUUUGCAACUGACUUCUGGAUAGAGCUUCAGUAUUGAGGAAGAGGGUUCGUAUUAUAUUUCAAAUGGCCUUUGAUUUUAUUUAUUUUUAUGUUAUUUUUUUCCCUUUUAACUAAUGAGGCAAGAAGAAAUAAGUUAGAGAGGGGGAGAUUAGCCAGAAGGAAAACAUUUUCUAUAGGUAAGCCGGAGUCCACCCUGGCUAUGUAAUCAAGUGUUAAGACAUUGAAUUCUCCCUACCAUAGCUUCAAGUGUCUAAGAAAGUUCUCCCCUUGAACGCACACCUUCCCUACCAUAGCUUGGCUGUGUGCUUACUUGAGGUCUAGAUGGCCAUGGCAUCCCUGAACAGAGUUCGUUCAAUGUUUUCUAACUGCCUUUUGAAGCCAGAGUACUCUCCUAAGACUGAACAAUGCAGGAUGCAUGAAUGCGUGAGAGUAAGUGUGGACGGCACUCUUCCAACAACUGCUUUCUCACUGGCUAGCCUCAAGCAAGCAAAUCUAUGAGAGUUUUCAGCCAGGGCCAGACUCCAGAGAAAAUUAUGAUCCAUCCAGGAUCUAGACAUAGAGUAUCCCUCCUUAUCUUCUGGGCCUAUGUGCUAAAGCAUCCUCUCUGGUGGACGCCUGAAAUCUUGGCUAGUUCCAAACCCCGUAUUUACCACAAUUGUUAAUCUCGUCACUGAGGGGACUAAGUGACUGAAGAGAGGUAGCCUAUAUAGCAUGGAUACACUGGAUAAAUAGAUGAUUCAUGAUCCAUGUGGAAUGGAGCAAAAUCCUAUCACACUUCUCAGAAUGGCACAUAAUUUCAAAUUAAUCAGUUUAACUCUAUGGAUAUUACAUUUAAUAUCGUCAAACCAUGGUUGAUCAUGAAAACCAUGAAAAGAAUGGAAGGUAAAACCACAGAUUAAUGUACAAAGAACUGAAACUGUCUCUUUUGCCAAGACCUGACAUUGGUAGCCAGCUUCUGUCCUAGAAAGGCAUUCAGGACAAUAGCAAGAGGGGAAUUACCACCAAACUGCCUUUUCAUCUAGCUCAGUCUUCUGUUCCUUACUAACUGGGUACAGUCCUUGAUGUUAUCUGUAACAAUACAACAGAAGCCCAAAACUACCAAACCCAGGCAUCACCACACGUUACUGCUGAGUUCCUCAGGGUCCUCGGAGGUUCAUUGUAGCUGCAGUGUUACCUCAUUCAACCAAAGAAUUUGUCAAGGAACUUCACUGCUGCUACAAGUACUGGCCACUCCUUCCAUUAUCUCCACAGUGUGUUUUGGGAGAAUCUUGGCCUGCAGGGUAUUCUAAGGGGUAGCAACCUUUUCUGUGGUUUGCCGGGUAUGCUUUUUUUUUUUUUUUGUACUGCUGCCUCUACAAUAACCACUGUUGAUAUUUCAGCACCGCCAUUCUCCCCUCAAGUGGAAGAUUACAAACUAUUUUAAGCAUAACCCCAAAAUCUGUACUGAGCAUGAAGCUCUGUAGCCGCUAUUCUGUGCUAUGCUGUGCAGUGCUGUGAUGUGAUGUGCAGUGGGGUGGUAU